AUGUCGGAAAGAUCAAUCAUUUUCACGGGAGCCCCGUACCAUAUCCUGGCAUAUGGGUCUCUGUUCGGGACAACCGUCUGGACCAUCAUUCAAUUCAAGACACUCCCCAUUCUUCAGUUCUCAGAUCUUCAAACGAGGACUUUUCCAUGGUACUUCGGCUUGCAGACCACAUUACCAGUCGUCCUUGCGGUGACCUUACCUGGGAGACCAUUUGGGCCCGCUGGCGGCGUGCAGGGACUAUUUGAUCCAGCCAACAGAUGGGGAACCCUUCUUCCCCUUGCCACCGUCUUCAUCACUGGGCUCGCCAAUUGGGUUGUACUCUUGCCAGCAUCAAAGGCUUGCAUAGUGGAGAGAAGAAAGCAGGAAGAGAAGGAUGGCAAGAGAAGCUGGGACCCAAAGCCGCAUAGCCAGGAGAUGACUGCCUUGAACAAGAAGUUCGGCACGCUUCACGGUAUCUCCUCAUUGCUUAAUGUGGUUAACUUCGCGGCCUCGGUGGUGUACGGUUUCACCCUGGCCGGGAGGAUUCACUGA